GGACAAUGCCUUUCUGCCUGUUGCUGCUUCUCCUUCUCGCCACGGCGCCCCCUGCGUUCGCCCUGUCGUCGCGGCAGAUAUGCCUCCUGGUGGGCGGCCGGCUGGGCUCGAGAUCAGACAUUGUGUGCUGUCCCAAGAGCUGCCCCGUUGCCGAUGAGGGUGAGUGCUGCCUGGAGCAGGACGCCGGGGCCAAAUUCUGCUCGCUGGCGGGCGAGGCGCCCUGUAUUGCUGGUGCGUACGUGAGCGAGACGACGGACGAAGCACAGCACUCCGGUUCUCGAUGUUCUCGCUCUCUCUUUCCUACUGUGUGUGGAGCAGUCCAUCCGGACCCAGAGAGUGAAGAGAAGAUGGAGCAGGUGACAGCCAAGGAACAAAAGGAGCCCGCCGACAAGAAGCCUGCGAAGAAGCCCCUGCAGAAGAAGCAACAACUCAAGAAGAAACCCCCUCCUCCAAAAGGACCGCAGAAGAAGCAGGGGCCUUCCAAGCCUGACGGCCCUCCGAAGGAGAGAGACAGAUAUACUCCACCUGGAGAGGAGAAGAAGAGGCAGCCCCGCUCUGCCGAGAAGCGGCACGAGAAAGAGUUGAACAAACCAGCUGCGAAGCCGAGUGUCAAAGACAGGCAGUGCCUUGAGGCGGGUGGCAUUCUUGACCAGGAGAGGGGUGUGGCGUGCUGCCCGGCGGUGUGCGGCCGGUGUGGUGGGGCGGGGUGUGGCAAGAGAGAGGGCGGACUGGACUGCUGUGUGGGCUAUGUGGAGGAGGUCUACCAAAGCUGCAGCCACAAGAAGACCGCUCCCUGCACAUGUAUGUGAGCACCCCACCCAGAUCACAUUCAUCACAUGUGCAGUGCUGUGCAUGGCAUGGUCUCUCUCUUUCUGCCGUGCCGCUGUCAGUCAUGUCAGUCGGUGAACACAAGACCUACGGCAAACACGUCAAGCCAGCACAGACAGCCCAGGUGUCGCUUGUCGAUGACAAGGCCAAGGCCGCGGGAGAGGAGCAGUGCAAGAGGGUGGGAGGCGUCAUGAGCCAACACGACGACGAGCAGAGGGCCCUCGCCUGCUGCCCGGCUUCAUGUGGGGUGUGUGGCGGGGAGGGGUGCGGCGAGAGGGAGGGCGGGAUGGACUGCUGUGCGGGGUAUGUGAGUGAUGUGUACGAUUCCUGCACUGAGACAGGCAAGGCCCCGUGCAGUGCAAGACAGACGGGCGGCUGACAGGUAGAUAGAUAGAGCGGGAGGGAAUGCAUUGCAGGCCAGGCCCUGGAUGUGUGUAUGUAUUUGUGUGUUUGUUCGCAUUUGUUCGAAUAUAUGUGCGUGGUGGUUAGUCGAGUCGGCUCAGUGAGUGUCUGUAUGUAUACCUGCUUAUUUGUGCAGACAGACAUUUGUAGAAGAGAAGACAGCCAGCCGAUCGAGCGGGACGAAAAGUGCCCGCUGACGAGGUUAGUGGCAGGCAGGUUGACGGUGCGUACGUGCGUGUCCGUGAAUUCAAUUAAGCAAACAUGCAC